AUGGCUAGCCCUCCUGUGCUAGCUUUCGAUGCUGAGGGACGUCCAGUGAAGUUUGACACCUGGCUAGAUGACCUGCACCUCUUCCUACAGCUCACUGCCAAGGAGGACAUCUCACUGUACGAUCACGCCCUAGGCCAUGCUACUGCCCCUGCUGCUACUGCUGACAGCACUGCCCGCUCACAGUGGCAGACUCGUGACGCCCACGCUCGCUUUGCUAUUCGCAACUCCCUGCCGAUAGAUGAACGCGAGCACUUUGGCCAGCACAAGACUGCGCAGGCACUGUACACUGCUGUCGUUGCCCGCUACUCCUCACCUGCCUCUGCCGCACUAGGCCGUCUCUCGCUUCCCUACCUGUUCCCCGACCUGUCCUCUUUCCACACAGUCGCUGACCUCAUCACGCACCUCCGCACUAGUGAGGCUCGCUUCCGCGCCGCUAUGCCUGAUGAGUUCCUUGCCAAGAACCCCCCCCCGCUCUGGCUCACUCUCUACCACCUAGUCACCCGCCUCCCUGACUCUCUGCGUGCAGUGCCUCUCGUGGCGACCCCCGCACCCCGUUCUUUGAGGGGUGUUCUCCUUCCCCCCUUCUUCCCUCUGUCGCCUCUGCUGCUGCUGUCGACCUCCUUGGUGCUGAGAAGGUCGGGACUGCGUCUGCUUCGAGCGGACGCCGCAGCGGCAAGGGCAAAGGGGGCAAGGGAGGAGGAGGUGACGGCGGGGGAGGCGGUGGUGGGGGCGGUGGCGGCGGUGGGGGUGGUGGCGGGGCGGGGCUGGAGGGGCAAGUGGCAGCGGGGGGUGGUGGCGGCAGCGGCAGGGGAGGUGGCAGGGGCGGUGGGGGUGGCGGUGGACGCGGCGGCGGCAGGGGUUGGGGUGGUCGAGGAGGUGGGGGCGGAGGUGGUGGUCGUGGAGGCGCUGGCGGUGGCCAGAGCCAGCAGCACACUCCGUCGCCCCAGGAGGUCCGUGAGUGGUACUCUCAGCACGGGGGGGGGGGCGGGUGGCUUUAGCUGCACGUACGUCAUUCGCACUGGUGACCGCACUGGUCAGCCGUGUGGGGGACCGCACGCCACGCAGCGCUGCUUCGCUCGCCUCAACGACGCUUGGCGUGUUCAGUUCCCUCAGGCCACUGAGCUGCCCCGCUGGGUUGAUCUCCUGAAGAAGGGGAUUGAUAUCUAUGCUCUAGACUUUGAUGCUAUUCUCACUGCCAUGUAUGUGAUGUCUACUAGUGGAGAGGGUGCUGAGUACCUGUGUGUUCCGCCCGACCCGGGCAUUAGGACCAGUACGGCUGCCGCUCUAGGUGCUAGUACGUCUGCCGCUUCAGGUACUCGCGUGUCUGCUACCCCAGGUGCUGGUGAGGCUGCUGCUCUAGGUGCUUGUGCGUCUGCGCCCCCUGGUACUGAGUCGACUGAGGCACUACACACCUUCACACUGGACUCAGGUGCUUCUCGCUGCUUCUUUCGUGACCGCACUGUCCUUGAGCCGCUUGCUCGGCCAGUUGCUGUCUCCCUCGCUGACCCCUCUGGGGGCCCGGUCGUUGCGACCUCCUCCACUGUCCUUCCCUGUCCUGCGGUCCCGUCAGGCACACUGUCAGGUCUCCACCUCCCCUCGUUCUCUACGAACCUGGUGGCAGGGUGUGCGCUCCAGGACGGGGGUGUUCACCAGUUCACCCCUGACUACGAGCGCGUGCACGUGUGCUCGUACGGGCCGCCACUUGGCUACCUUCACUCGGCAGCCGGGGUCGGACCUGUACACACUGACCACUGA